CACGGGGUAUAUAGUAUCUCGCUCUCUGUCUCCUCGAGUCUUUCAGAGCGUGGCGCAGUCUCACAUGCGGGAGCGCUCUUCGCGGGGGCGCGCACCGGUCCUCAUCCAGCACGACGGAGCGCCCGUGAAUCCGUGAACUGUGUGAGUGAACCGUGCCGGUCAGAGCGCGCCUUUACGCGCGGAGCUGCCCGCUGUUCCUGGAGCUCCUGGAGAAGAUGGUGGAACACAGCAGCCUGGACACGAUGUUCCUCAACAAGUACUGCCCCAGCUCUUCCUCCUCCUCCUCCUCCUCAUCCUCAUCCUCCGACCGGGACGGGAAGCUGCUGCACGCGCUCCGCGGGAGUCUGGGUAAGAAGUACCCGCAGAAGAGCGGCGAGGUGCUGAGCGCGCAGUACGGCCUGAACCUGCUGCUGGUCGGGGUCUCGCUGAUGCUCGCGCUCGCUUAUCAGGGUCCGAGCGCGAGCGAGGAGACCGUGCUGGCCUUCCUGAGCGCGCUGAUGCUGCUGCAGCUCUUCUGGAUGGGCUGCUACAUGGGCCGCAGAGAGCGCAGGCGCAGCGCGCCGCCGGAGAGAGACGCGCACGCGGCCACCAGCUGGAUCAAAGGUGGUCUCACCAUGCUGGCACUGCUCUCGCUGAUUAUGGACGCUUUCCGCAUCGGCAGCUUCGUUGGGUACCAGGCCUGUGUGUCGGUGAUGUUGGGGGUGUAUCCGGUGGUUCACGCACUUCAUACCAUCUCACAGGUCCACUUCAUCUGGUUCCACAUCAAAGAUGUCAUCAAGAGAUACGAGACAUUUGAAAGAUUCGGCGUGAUCCACGCUGUGUUCACCAACCUCCUGCUCUGGAGUAACGGAGUGAUGACUGAAGCAGAACACGCUCUCAAUGACCACAAGAAACGGCUGGCGGCUCUCGGAUAUUUAAACUUCACCGUGGGUUCUGAGGAACCGAACUGUAACUGCACCACGAGCGCCUGCUCCAUGUUCAGCAGCAGCCUGUACUAUCUCUGCCCCUUCAACAUCGAGUACCACAUCUUCGUCUCUGCCCUCCUCUUCGUCAUGUGGAAGAACAUCGGCCGCAAACUGGACCAGCAGACCAAGCGGAAGCAAGGGUCGACCGGCGGCUCCUGCCUGCUGCUGGGACCCAUGCUGGGUCUGCUCGCCCUGGCCAGCUCCAUCACCGUGCUGACCAUCUACAUCAUCCACGUGGAGGAGUCGGCCGACGCCCGCGAGGCAGCCAUCUCCAUGUACUACUGCUUCGGCAUUGUGAUCCUGGCCUGCAUGAGCGCCGCUGGAGCCGUGGGGCUUCUGAUCUACCGCGUGGAGGACUGGCCCAUGGACACAACCCCCAACCCGGCCCGGACCCUCGACUCCAAGCUACUGCUCGGCUCAUCUGUGGGCUCCUGGCUCCUGUCCUGGUGCAGUGUGGUAGCGGUAGGCGGGGCUCAGAGUUACCCCUCCUACCGCUGGAGCAGUCUGGCUUAUGCUCUGCUGCUGGUUUUGGAGAAGUGUGUGCAGAACCUCUUCAUCAUCGAGUCUCUGUACCGCAGACGCCUUGAACCUGGAGAAUGUCCCCCAAACAGCCCCUCUCACCGCGAGAUCUACUCCGUCACAGCGACCAUGGCUCCUCCAUACGACGGCAUCAUUAACCAUGCGUUUGAGAGUUCGGACAGACACCGCGAGGUGCUACAGACCAGCAAACCAGACAACAACACUUUUGACAAGACCAAAGACGUUUCACUUCCCAUUGGACUCGGAGUGAAGAGCUCACCCAGCCGGAAGAGACAGGUCCUGAAAAAUAUCGCCAUCUUCCUGUUCAUGUGCAACAUAUCGUUGUGGAUCUUGCCGGCGUUCGGCUGCCGGCCGCAGUUCGAUAACGGCCUGGAGGAGGCGUCAUUUGGAUUCCCCAUCUGGAGCACGGUGCUGAACUUCGCCCUGCCCAUGAGCCUCUUCUACCGCAUGCAUUCUGUAGCUGCUCUCUUUGAGGUUUUCCGCAAGAUCUGAGCCAAGCUGAUCCAGAACCUGUUGUGGAGGACUGGAAGGCCUCUUUUAUGAGUUCUCAAACCUGAACAAUUCUCCUCUUUGCUCUAAUUGGACAGGAGAAAGAAACUGAUUGCUUUUUCUUCACUGUGAUUGGACAGACUGUCUGUUACCAGGUGCUGUGCUGUGGUGUGGUUCUUACAGGAACUUCAUGAACUCGUCCAUGCACCUUCAGCACCUUUAGAGCUCCAUCCCUGCUGUCUAGCCUUGCGUUGGGUUGAGUCGAUUUGAUUUAUGUUGGUGAUAAUGAUAAUUAUGUACUCUGAAUAAAGUUGCUUUAGUUUAGGGUGUUUAAAGGGCUUAAAAUACUGACAGAUAUAAAAUACUGACUCUGGGAUCUGGGUCGCUCACUUAUAGAUUAAAAAGUUAAAGAUUGAGGGAGUGAGACCUGUGGAGAUCACCCAAGAACUUUCCCCAAAAACAAACCACUCUAGAGUCUGACUGGGGCUGGACCAGGUCCUCCUCCUCUCAUGGGUUCUGGGGUGGUUUGUCUCUGUCCUCAAACCAUGAGUCCAAUUUAACAAGAAUUAAAAGUGUAGGUGUAAAAGUACGCUGAGUCACACAGGUUAGUGACAAAAUUCCAAAUCUGGCAACCUUUCUGGAGAAAUAAUACAAACCAUACAGCCUUAAACCACUGCUGUUUAUUAUUGCAGGGAUUAUUGCUCCUCAUUUUCCUCCCUUUAGUUGGUGCUUAUGAGUGCGAUACCUUGAUUCGUCUAGCAAUAUAUGAAAAAGUCAGUUCUGCAAUAAUCAAUAAUCAAACAAUUAUCUCUAAUCAAAUGAUGAAUAACACAUUAGCUCAGUGGGAGGGAAGAGACUCUGAUUGAUGCUGUUUUUGAGUUACUGUAUCUGAACUGAUAUUCUUGAACUGUGAGACACUUUGGGACUCUCCUAAAUGAUGCUGUUUUUAUUUUCUUUAUUUUUUUAACCCUGUGGUUUGAGUGGGGCGUGGAUUUGGACCUCGUCACUUCUGAUCACUUUAGAGCAACAUCUGAACACAUUUUCUCCAGUGAGUUUUAACUCUUGCGUUUCUGUUUCUUGGUCAGUUUGUCUGAAACUCUGCUUUAUUUGCACUCUUACAGAAAUGCAAGCAGCCCUGAGGCGCCGCCUGUCUGGUUAUGGUUCUCAUUUUUCUUUUAUUUAUUUACGUCCUUUAUUAAAUCUUACGUUAAUCCAGAACCAGCAGCGUCCACUUGAAAUCAGACAUAACGAACGCUGCUCAGUGUGCCGGACUCACAGCUUCCUGUUCCGGGCAACAGAUGGUGCUGUGGUUAUGGGCUGCUCUUAGAGCUUCUCCUGUAAUGGAAAGGGAACCCUCGUUCCUCCUGGUUCUGGUCCUGGCCCUGGUUCUGGUUCUGGUCCUGGUCCUGGUCCUGGUUCUGGUCCUGGUCCUGGUUCUGGUUCUGGUCCUGUGUGUGAACUGUAUGUAAGCUGAUGGAUGAUGUUCUCCUGUGUGUCUCAGUGCAGAAAUGCUGAAGACUUGAAUAACUUUAUUGAUGAGAGUUUAGAGCCAUUCGCACAGUACUGCACCCAACAUCCUGAUCUGGAUCUGGAUCACAUACGGCUUCUGUUUUGGUCAAAACUAAAGUCAGAUUGGUUCAGACAGUCUAAACAUGGAUUCUGAAAUUCAGGUUUGGACCUGGAUUUAGAAUGAAUUCGAAUCAGGACCCAUUUUUGGGUCAGAAUUUAGAAAGUUUGUAAGUAAAGUAAUAAUUCAGAUUGAGUUUAUCAGGUGUAAACCCUCCAGUAGACGGAUCUGUAAAGCCUGUGAUUCUGAUUCUCUCUCUUUAUCAAAGCCAACAGGAACUGGACUCAUUAAAUUGACUGUAUCUGAUACUCGUGUUUUUAUUGUUUUUGUUAUUAUCACAGUCUGAAAAAAAUAAAGUACCUGGAU